GCGCUGUGACAGAGCGCCCCCUCUUGCAACGGUGGAGAGAGCGCGGAGUGGAGUCAGAGAGUUCGAUUUUUUGCAACCAUAGAACGCAGGAACUGGUGGGCUAGAGUGUCCUAUUUUGCAACCCUGGACAGCUGAGAGGCACCAUAUGGCUUUUGUGCCCAGGGGAUUAGUCGGGUGUCAGGACAAAGCGCUUAUGGCUCCUGAAGCAUCUGUCAGCUCCCUGUGUUGUGGGCUGCUGGGCCCUAUAAUCCCUGCACAUCCUGGGAGGGCCCAGGCAGCGCUUGAUGCAUCACCAUGGCUGAGGGGACUCUGGACAGUGCGGGUGCUCCAGCCCAGGCAGCACUGCCCCCUGGUGAGGUCUCCACCCCCAUCCAGGUACCUGUGGUGACCCCAGGCCGGAACAGCCUGCUCCAGCCCCAGAGCACUGACCAGGAAAUGCAGUGGCUACCAGAAGUGGGAAGGAGCCUCAUCCAGGCAGAGCCCCCUGCACUGAGACAGUUCUCUCCAGAGCUCUGUGAGAUGGGCAGGCUGUGCAAAACUCCCCCUGAGGAGAUGUGCGAGGCAAUGUUCGAGGAUCCCCCCAGGGAGCCAUGCGUGGAGCUGUGUGAGGACACCCCUCCCUGGGAACUGUGCAGGGAAUCCCUCCCUGAGCCAUGUGAAGGGCUGUGCGAGGAGAUGUGCAAAGAUCCUCCCCCCUGGAAGCCAUGUGAGGGUUCAUUUGGAAGUCCCAUGCAGGGGAAGGCCCGGCUGCCAUCUAUUGUGGUAGAGCCCACGGAGGUGGGAGAAGUGGAGAGUGGGGAGCUGCGAUGGCCCCCAGAUGACUUCCUGCUGCAGGAGGGUGAGGAUGAGCUCUUCACCGAUGAAGAGGAGCAAGCGCCAGGGCCAGGGCCCCCUGCUCUGGAGAGCACCCUGGAUGAAGUGCUGCUGUGAAGCCACUGGGGGCAGAGAGAACCUGAUUUCCUCCUCCUCCCCCGGAACCAGAAACCACUAGGGACUCAGCUGUAGCCUUGGGAGCCAUAACUCAGGGACUGUGGACCCCCUCCCCAGGAGCUGCACAGCUGUAGGAGGGAAUGGGUCCCCCCUACCAAAACCUGGGGUGUGUGUGUGUGUGUGGAAUAAGACCAGUCAGGGGCAUCUCCCUGCUAGACUCUACUCCCUAUUUGUAAGCAAGAGUCAGCCUAAUUUUGGUCUGCGACAUCAGCACCAUGGGGCACACACUUCCC